GUAAGGAGUGGCAGUGGCGCCGAAACCUCACGUGGUCAAGUUUUGGCGGCAAGACGAACGUAAACAAACAUUGUGUCAUGGACGCCUUGAAGCUCUUUGACUGGAAGAAUUCACUCGAUGCCAUUGAUGAACUGGAAAAAUUACUACAGUGCAAUGUUUGUGGUAAGAUAGCAGAGGACCCUCAGUGCCUGGGACGAUGUGACCACCACUACUGCCGGUGCUGUGCCAAGGAGCUGGAGAAUGGGACCUGCCCUUUCUGCAAGGUUCCUGCCCCGCCCUGUGAGAUGCAGCCUGACCGUAUCAUUAGCGACCUUGUGGAGUCCUGCCGAGAUCUGCGGACACUUAUCUCUGGGGAGGGUGACAUCAGGACAGAUGAUGCUGGGGUGCUUGAUGGCCGGUGCACCCCAGAGCGAGGGAAGAAGCCCACGAUAUCCCUGAGAGAAAUCUCUGGUGGUAUCACCAUGACAAACAACAAUAAUAGCAGCAACACCAACAACAACCAAGCCAGUAACAGAAACAAGCAGGGUGCAGUCAAGAGCAAGGGGUGGGAGGCUGAGGGUGAGAGCAAGGCCAAGAAGAAAGCAAAGAUUACCCAAAGAACUCCAGCUAACAAAACUAGCAACCAGCACCAAGCUAGCACCUCACUCUUGACCUCCAGGCCAGAGAAAAAACCAAAAGUUAGCACACCAGUAGCAGAGGCAAAGAAGAUCCCCAAAGUGGCUGAUCUGAGUGUGCUAGGGAUGAGCCCCAAGACUGUGGCCAUCAACAGGAGGAACACCAAAGGGGAAACUCUCCUGCAUGUGGCCUGUAUUAAGGGUGACAAGGAGAAGGUGAAGCAGCUCCUAUCAGAGGGUGCCAAUCCUAACACGAAGGACAAUGCCGGUUGGACCCCACUGCAUGAGGUUUGCAGUCAUGGUUUUGAGGACAUUGCUGGCCUGUUGCUGCGUCACGGUGCUGUGGUGGACCCGAUGGCAGGCAGUAAUGAGACCCCGCUGCAUGACGCUGUGACGCAGGGACAGGUGGCGCUGGUGAAGCUGUUGAGGACCUGGGGAGCUGAUGACACUGUGAGGAACCUCCAUGGACACACACCAAGGUACCUUGCCACAAAAUGCCUUGGGGCAGCACAGCUCAACGCGGCACUUGACACACCCAUGGACCCAUCACUGCCCCGCCCUUCACUGCCCCUGAUGGAGAAGAUGGUGCUGCUAGGUGCUGGACUCUCCCGCCAACAGACCAAGAAGCUAGAGACACUGGCCAGGAUGCUGCGUGCCAAACUAAUGACAGAGUACAGCCCCGAGGUGACGCAUGUAGUGGCAGACUGCACACCAGAGCGCCUGGCAAGCACACGCACUGCCAAGUACAUGAUGGGGGUGGUAGCCGGCAAGUGGAUUGUUACUCAUGCUUGGAUGGAUGAAUGUCUGAAGAUUGAAGCAGCAGUGAGUCCUGCUGACUACGAGGUAUUGGGCUGUGGUCCAGCACCUGACACAUCCCCUGGGGCUCCAGCACUGGGGAGGAGGAACUCUGAGAAGAUGCGUCCAGGUCUGUUCAGUGGGUGUCACAUGUUCCUGUGGGGUACCUUCCCUGGGAGUAAUGGCAAGAAGGAAGUGGAGGGACUGGUGCGUGCUGGGGGCGGCUCAGUGCUGGCCAGGGAACCCAAUGCUGAAGCAAUACUGGAUGAGGAACGUAAGGUGCCUUUCCAUGCCUCCCCUGAUGGUCCCCUCGGCAACUGUUCCCACUACAUCAUCUACUCUGAUGGCCCCUCAGAGCCACAGCUCAAGUAUGACAUGAAUCACUUCAAGUCUCUGCCCCUCAGCUGGCUCCACUCCUGUGUUGAUUCCUUCAGCCUGCCUCCUCCAGUCAAGUAGUGCCUCAGUGCUGCCUCACACAAUCUCAUGCUGCUCAAGUUAGGUAACAGUUUUAUGAUUCCUUCCUGCACAAUUAGAGAAGAGUGUCAGUGAAAGGAAAGAUGUAUUUUUACAGGAUUUUUAUUUUUUAUUUUAUCUUUUCUCUCUUUGCCUGUUAGGUUUUUUUUUUUUCUUUCUAUCUAUCUUUUUGUCAUUUUCUCUACCGUCUCAUGGUCUUAUUUUGAAUAAUGCUACUACUGUUUUGUGGCUAUCUCUUGUUAUUCUGUCUACUGUUAAUAUUGGACUUCAUUUCUUACUUGUUUUUCUUAUUUCAUCCCAUUAUUUUUGUUUUGUGGACUUUUUAUUCUCAUUCUUGGUUUACUAUUUUGUCAUUUUUUUCUUAUUUUUUCUUUACUUCUUGUUAGGUGUUCUGUCUGUCAGGUGAAGUGUCUUGUUACACUCUCUACCUGAUCAGUUUACUCACAUUUUCAUUAUUUACAAACUACACUUUUAUUCUCAGUGAAUCAAGUUAGAGUGUCAUGGUUCUAUCCUGUACAGUGAUUUUAUGUGCUAUUCACAUAUGAACAAUUUUAUUAAUGUAUUAUAUAUUGCUGUCUUCAAGUAGUAAUUUCUAGUUUAUUUGAUAUUUUUUUCAAAACCGAAGAUUAUAGUAAUAUGUUUUCUAAGUGUUUGUUGAGCCCAGCAACACUUGGAUCUGUGUGCCUGAACCUUUGGUGUGCUACUGCAGCAUGGCAGGCGUGGUGGUUAUCCAGACAAUGUUAUGGUAUGCAGGGAACUUAAAUUUUUAUUAGUGUAGACAUUAUUCUAUGAUAAAAAUAGUGUUUUGGACAAUAUAUUAUUGAUGGUGUAUAUCUUUAAGGGGUAUAAUAAUUUAACAGUACGUCAAUGUCCUUAAAAUGCAAAUAAUAUGCAUUAAAAUAAAUAUAGUUACAUA